AGAGGCGAACUUCGCAUGGGGAAGAAGUGGCGGGAUGCGGCGGAAAUGGAGCGGGGCGGCUCGGACCGGGAGGACGGCGGGGAGAGCCGCAGGUGCAGCCGCAACGCCAGCCGGGGCAGGUUGGCCGAGUCGUGGAAAAGGUUAAGUUCCAAGCAGGGGUCCACCAAGCGCUCGGGACUCCCGUCGCAGCAAACGCCGGCUCAGAAAUCCUGGAUAGAAAGAGCAUUUUAUAAAAGAGAAUGUGUUCACAUCAUACCCAGCACCAAAGACCCCCAUAGGUGUUGUUGCGGGCGUCUAAUCGGCCAGCAUGUGGGCCUCACUCCCAGCAUCUCCGUUCUUCAGAAUGAGAAAAAUGAGAGUCGCCUCUCCCGAAAUGACAUCCAGUCCGAGAAGUGGUCCAUCAGCAAGCACACUCAACUCAGCCCCACGGAUGCUUUCGGGACCAUUGAGUUCCAAGGAGGUGGCCAUUCCAAUAAAGCCAUGUAUGUGCGAGUAUCUUUCGACACAAAACCUGAUCUCCUCUUACACCUGAUGACCAAGGAAUGGCAGUUGGAGCUUCCCAAGCUUCUCAUCUCUGUCCAUGGGGGCCUGCAGAACUUUGAACUCCAGCCAAAGCUCAAGCAAGUCUUUGGGAAAGGUCUUAUCAAAGCAGCCAUGACAACCGGAGCGUGGAUAUUCACUGGCGGGGUUAACACAGGUGUUAUUCGUCAUGUUGGCGAUGCCUUGAAGGACCAUGCAUCUAAGUCUCGAGGGAAGAUAUGUACCAUAGGUAUUGCCCCCUGGGGAAUUGUGGAAAACCAGGAGGACCUGAUUGGAAGAGAUGUUGUCCGGCCAUAUCAGACCAUGUCCAAUCCCAUGAGCAAGCUCACUGUUCUCAACAGCAUGCAUUCCCACUUCAUUCUGGCUGACAACGGCACCACCGGGAAAUAUGGAGCGGAGGUGAAACUCAGGCGACAGCUGGAAAAGCAUAUUUCGCUCCAGAAGAUAAACACAAGAUGCCUGCCGUUUUUCUCUCUUGAGUCCCACGUGUUUUAUUCAUUUGGGGGUAGUUGCCAAUUAGACCGAAUUGGAAUCGGUCAAGGCGUUCCAGUAGUGGCGCUCAUUGUGGAAGGAGGACCCAAUGUGAUCUCAAUUGUCUUGGAGUACCUUCGAGACACCCCUCCGGUGCCAGUUGUUGUCUGCGAUGGGAGUGGACGGGCAUCCGACAUCCUAGCGUUUGGACAUAAAUAUUCAGAAGAAGGCGGACUUAUCAAUGAAUCUUUGCGGGACCAGCUGCUGGUGACCAUCCAGAAGACCUUCACGUACACUCGAACGCAAGCGCAGCAUCUGUUCAUCGUCCUCAUGGAGUGCAUGAAGAAGAAGGAACUGAUUACAGUAUUUCGGAUGGGAUCAGAAGGACACCAGGACAUUGAUUUAGCUAUCCUGACAGCUUUACUCAAAGGAGCCAAUGCCUCUGCCCCGGACCAACUGAGCUUGGCCUUAGCCUGGAACCGAGUCGACAUCGCUCGCAGCCAGAUCUUUAUUUAUGGGCAACAGUGGCCGGUGGGGUCUUUGGAACAAGCCAUGUUGGAUGCCCUAGUUCUGGACAGAGUGGAUUUUGUGAAAUUACUCAUAGAGAAUGGAGUAAGCAUGCACCGUUUUCUCACCAUCUCCAGACUAGAGGAAUUGUACAAUACGAGACAUGGGCCCUCAAACACAUUGUACCACUUGGUCAGGGAUGUCAAAAAGCGAGAAUAUCCAGGUUUCGGUUGGAUCUAUUUUAAGGGGAACCUGCCGCCUGACUACAGAAUCAGCCUGAUCGACAUCGGCCUGGUGAUAGAAUACCUGAUGGGCGGAGCUUAUCGCUGCAACUACACGCGCAAGCGCUUCCGGACGCUCUACCACAAUCUCUUCGGCCCCAAGAGGCCCAAAGCCUUGAAACUAUUGGGAAUGGAGGAUGACGUUCCCUUGAGGAGAGGAAGAAAAACAACCAAGAAACGUGAAGAAGAGGUAGACAUUGACUUGGACGACCCUGAGAUCAACCACUUUCCUUUCCCUUUUCACGAGCUGAUGGUGUGGGCCGUCCUGAUGAAGCGGCAGAAAAUGGCCUUGUUCUUCUGGCAGCACGGCGAGGAGGCCAUGGCCAAGGCCCUGGUGGCCUGCAAGCUCUGCAAGGCCAUGGCUCAUGAGGCUUCCGAGAACGACAUGGUCGAUGACAUCUCCCAGGAGCUGAACCACAACUCCAGGGACUUUGGCCAGCUGGCUGUGGAGCUCCUGGACCAGUCCUACAAGCAGGAUGAGCAACUGGCCAUGAAGCUCCUGACAUAUGAGCUAAAGAACUGGAGCAACGCCACAUGCCUGCAGCUCGCGGUGGCUGCCAAGCACCGUGACUUCAUCGCACACACAUGCAGCCAGAUGUUGCUCACAGACAUGUGGAUGGGCCGGCUCCGGAUGCGCAAGAACUCAGGCCUCAAGGUAAUUCUGGGAAUUCUACUUCCUCCUUCAAUUCUCAGCUUGGAGUUCAAGAACAAAGAUGACAUGCCUUAUAUGACUCAGGCCCAGGAAAUCCAUCUCCAAGAGAAGGAGCCAGAAGAACCAGAAAAGCCCACGAAAGAAAAAGACGAAGAGGAUAUGGAACUGACAGCAAUGUUGGGACGAAGCAACGGGGAAUCUUCCAGGAAGAAGGAUGAAGAAGAAGUUCAGAGCAGGCACCGGUUAAUCCCCUUGGGCAGAAAAAUCUACGAGUUCUACAAUGCCCCCAUCGUGAAGUUCUGGUUCUACACUCUGGCGUACAUCGGAUACCUGAUGCUCUUCAACUAUAUCGUGUUGGUGAAGAUGGAGCGCUGGCCUUCCACCCAGGAAUGGAUCGUCAUUUCCUACAUUUUCACCCUGGGAAUAGAAAAGAUGAGAGAGAUUCUGAUGUCAGAGCCAGGGAAGUUGCUACAGAAAGUGAAGGUAUGGCUGCAGGAGUACUGGAAUGUCACGGACCUCAUAGCCAUCCUUCUGUUCUCUGUUGGAAUGAUCCUUCGUCUCCAAGACCAGCCCUUCAGGAGCGAUGGGAGGGUCAUCUAUUGUGUGAACAUCAUUUAUUGGUACAUCCGUCUGUUGGACAUCUUUGGCGUGAACAAAUACUUGGGCCCAUACGUAAUGAUGAUUGGAAAAAUGAUGAUAGACAUGAUGUACUUUGUCAUCAUUAUGCUGGUGGUGCUGAUGAGUUUUGGGGUUGCCAGGCAAGCCAUUCUCUUUCCCAAUGAGGAGCCAUCAUGGAAGUUGGCCAAGAACAUCUUCUACAUGCCCUAUUGGAUGAUUUAUGGGGAGGUGUUUGCGGACCAGAUAGACCCUCCCUGUGGACAGAAUGAGACCCGAGAGGACGGCAAAAUAAUUCAGCUGCCCCCCUGCAAGACUGGAGCCUGGAUCGUGCCAGCCAUUAUGGCCUGCUACCUUUUAGUGGCGAACAUCCUGCUGGUCAACCUCCUCAUCGCUGUCUUUAACAAUACGUUUUUUGAGGUAAAAUCAAUAUCCAACCAAGUGUGGAAGUUUCAGAGGUAUCAGCUCAUCAUGACUUUCCAUGAAAGGCCCGUUCUGCCCCCACCUCUGAUCAUCUUCAGCCACAUGACCAUGAUAUUCCAGCACCUGUGCUGCCGAUGGAGGAAGCAUGAGGGUGACCCAGAUGAAAGGGACUACGGCCUGAAACUGUUCAUAACUGAUGAUGAGCUCAAGAAAGUGCAUGAUUUUGAAGAGCAGUGCAUAGAGGAAUAUUUCAGAGAAAAGGAUGAUCACUUCAACUCGUCCAAUGAUGAGAGGAUACGGGUGACUUCGGAAAGGGUGGAGAACAUGUCCAUGCGACUGGAGGAAGUCAACGAGAGAGAGCACUGCAUGAAGGCCUCGCUCCAGACUGUGGACAUCCGGCUGGCGCAGCUCGAGGAUCUCAUCGGGCGCAUGGCCACGGCCCUGGAGCGUCUGACAGGUCUGGAGAGAGCCGAGUCCAACAAAAUCCGUUCUCGGACCUCCUCGGACUGCACGGACGCAGCCUACAUCGUCCGCCAGAGCAGCUUCAACAGCCAGGAGGGGAACACCUUCAAGCUCCAAGAGAGUAUAGACCCUGCAGGUGAGGAGACCAUGUCCCCAACUUCUCCAACCCUAAUGCCCCGUAUGCGAAGCCAUUCUUUCUAUUCGGUCAAUAUGAAAGACAAAGGUGGUAUAGAAAAGUUGGAAAGUCUUUUUAAAGAAAGGUCCCUGAGCCUGCACCGGGCUACUAGUUCCCACUCUCUAGCAAAGGAAUCCAAAACUCCUGCAGCCCCUGCAAACACCUUGGCCAUUGUUCCCGAUUCCAGAAGACCGUCAUCGUGUAUAGACAUCUAUGUCUCGGCCAUGGAUGAGCUCCACUGUGAUAUCGACCCUCUGGACAAUUCCAUGAACAUCCUUGGGCUGGGCGAGCCAAGCUUCCUGGCUCAAGUUCCUUCCACCGCUCCUUCAAGUAGUGCCUAUGCAACGCUCGCACCCACCGACAGGCCUCCAAGCCGGAGCAUCGAUUUCGAGGACGUCACCUCCUUGGACACGAGAUCUUUCUCUUCAGACUACACGCACCUCCCAGAGUGCCAGAACCCCUGGGACGCUGACCCCCCCACGUACCACGCCAUCGAGCGCUCCAAAAGCAGCCGCUACCUGCCCAGCACGCCCUUCCUCCUAGAGGAGGCCCCCAUCGUGAAGUCGCACAGCUUUAUGUUUUCUCCCUCGAGGAGCUAUUACGCCAACUUCGGGGUGCCCGUGAAAACGGCGGAAUACACGAGCAUUACAGACUGUAUUGACACCAGGUGUGUCAACGCCCCUCAAGCAAUUGCCGACAGAGCCACCUUCCCCGGAGGUCUCGGGGGCAAAGUGGAGGACUCCUCUUGCUGCCACCCUGAGCGGGAAGCAGAGCUGAGCCACCCCAGCUCUGACACUGAGGAGAAUGAGGCCAAAGGCCGGAGAGCCGCCCUGGCCAUCCCCUCGCAGGAGGGCGACCACGCGGACAGAACCCUGUCCAACAACAUCACGGUUCCCAAGAUCGAGCGCGCCAACAGCUACUCGGCAGAGGAGCCGAGCGCGCCGUACGCCCACACCAGGAAGAGCUUCUCCAUCAGUGACAAACUCGACCGGCAGCGGAACACAGCCAGCCUGCGGAACCCCUUCCAGAGGAGCAAGUCCUCCAAGCCCGAGGGCCGCGGGGACAGCCUGUCCAUGCGGAGACUGUCCAGAACGUCCGCUUCCCACAGCUUUGAAAGCAAGCACAACUAACCCUUCCUAAGCAGCGUUGCAGGAGGCUCACGAAUGCAGCCCUAGAAUUCUCCCCGAACUCCACCUGCUCCCCGUCCUCGAAACCUACCUGCGUUAGUCUUAGCUGAGCAAAACAAGCAAUGCCUUAGGAGGUGUUCACUCAGAAGUGACUUCUGGGCCGAGAAAGCAUUUGAUCUGGCCCAGUGCCAAACACAGGGGAUAUGUUGUCAUGCUCACCCUGGAUGGGUAGGGAGGGGAAAGAGAGGGAGAAGGAGGGUUGAGAUGAAUGUGUCUCACUAGUCACUUCGGAAAGCCUCCAGCUCUGGGAAGGAAGGGGCUUCGCGCAUUCUCCGUGCCAAGAGGCGUCUUGCAAUUUCUGACCGUUAUGAAGAGUUGUAGGAUGCAGGGCUAAAUUGCGAAAUAAAAUAAAAUAAAGUGGCCAGCAUACAAAUGAGAUAUUCUAAACUUCAAUUCUGUUUUCUUUUCACAUUGGCUCCAUCACUGGUGACUGAUGAAGAGCAUCCUUUUUAUUCAGUAUAAGCCGGCAGCAAGCAGUUCUACCUAACGUCCCACAUCCUUCUCAUGCCACCACUUCUGUAAUUGAUCAUUGUAAAGAAAGAACAAGGUAACAGUCAUAGUUCGCCUGUCUCUUAUAUAUUCACUUCUGGUGCCACAACUGUUUAUCUUUUUUGAAGAAAAUAAGGGAAAAGAAAUGCCUUUUCUGUAUUGCGAGUGGAAUGAAAGAAGAAUUGAUGUUAAAAAAACAAAUGUCAAGUGGCCUAUUAGAUACAGUGGGCAUUCAAGGAUAGUCGAGCAAGCUCAGGAUGAAUGUAACUAAAUAAUUUUAUAUUUUUUAAUUUAUUUUGUAUCUCACCUGUCAUCAAUGAAUUCGCUCACUGAAUAUAUAAUAGUGAACUAACAAAAAAUAUAGUGGGCAGCACGCGCCUAACAUUGCCGUGUGGGGUAUUGCUGUAUUCUCCCCAUCCAUGUCGUGUGUUAUGCUGUGGUGUGACCUUCAUCAUGUGCAUGACUCCACCAUGUCUUCUGAACACCUCCAAGAUGUAACUGCCAAUUUUUCACACCACUCAUCACAUGACCAUUUUAUAUAUGACUAUCUGGUGGAUAUUUUCAUACCUAGAGUUUUGCCAUUCAAUCUGAGCUCAGCAUAAAUUUAAUCAGAGUUUUUCAAGGGCUGGUAUCUUUUUUAUGGAAAUGUUCCAAAGUACUUUUUAAGGAAGUCUCAAAACCGUAAAUAACCUUAGAAUUGACUGGGAGUUUGGUAUCAACCCAGAGCCAUCAGAUGCAGACAUGCCAUGAAUAUUUUUUCUUAUAUACAGAGCUAUAAAAAAGAUACAGUAGACUAAAAUAGAAAGCAGAUAAACCAUGUGAAGAGUUCUAGAGCAUAUGCUGCUUAUACACACAUAUAUGCAUUUACACGGAGACAUGUUAUAUAUAGUAUAUAAACAAGCAUAUAGAGCUUUCUUAAGAGGCUUGGACUUUUCUAUCACCUUGAGGUAUAACCAGAAUUUUUAAUAGCCAAGGAAUUUCAUUGAAAGAAUUCAUUAUAUUUCAACAGAUGUUGACAUUAUACUUUUUAAAAUCCCUAUAACCUUAACUUUUUCUUGUACCCAACUAGAGUUGUCAAAAUGACUUGCUACCUGCCCUUAACCCACCCACCCACCCCUUUUUUUUUUUUUUUUGUCCAAAUGCAGUCACCAUCAUAACAUCUCAAUCAGUCUGGUUUCUCCUGCACAAAGUGACUACAUCAAGUACAAUCUGAAGAGACCUAACUUUCAGAUAGUAUUAUGGGUCCUAGGGUACAGGUAUUCACACUUCCAGAUCAGAAUCUGGAUUUGAAGUGGGAUAAAGAUAUUUUGACCCUCAAAUCUUUGGAUUUCUAUAUGGAUCACUGAUUUUAAAAAAGAAUAAGGUCAUGAAGGACAAUGACUUAAUGUUCCUGGUCCCUAAACAAAAUCUGGUUCUUUUGUUUAGUUGUAGAUGUGAACUUCCAAUUUUCUCAUUAUGUGAAAUCAAGUAAAUGUGAGGACAAAACCUCUAGCCUUUGACUUUUUUAUUAACCUCUGAAUAAACUUUUCAGGUGUAGGAAUAGUGAUGAGGCCACAUAUAAAGAACUAAGAAAUUCCUUUUUCACUCCUUAGUAUUUAGGUGAAUCAGAAACGAGCAACCAGAGUCCUUUGUAUAUAAUGACCCUAAAAAAACACUUUUUUUUUUUAACCCAAAUUGGCUAUUUCUCCCUCAACAAACAUGCAUUUGGUCUGAGAGUCACAAAUAAGCUUCCUAGAGUCACGAAUCUCUGUGAGGACCUGAUGAAAGCUCUGGGCCGUCUCCCCAGAAAAAAAAUGUCUAGACAUGCAAGUUGCAAUGUAACUUCAAAGGGUUCCUCUACUCCUGCUUCCAUAUUGAUUGAUAGUGAGGAAGAGGAACCAUGUUUGUUCAUAAUCAAUAUGGUUAUAAUAGGCACUUUACAUUUGAGACCAAUUCUCUGUCAUUCUCAGGAAGGCCAGAGUUAGAAGCUUUUGUUAUAUUCGUUCCUUAGAUUAGAUGUCGCUCGUUUGAUGAGCUUACGUCCUGAUUUAAGGAUGAUUCUAGGUGUGGAGCACACUCACACUCCCUGAGAGGGAGCCUGGGGGAAUCCAAGCAGGAGGUGAAGGCAGUGUUCACUGACCACAGAGCAGGACCUCACGGCACCUCCAGAGUCUUAUUCUGGACCAGACUUGAAAGUGGGGGAAAGUGUAAGUCUGGUGUUUCCAUUGCGCUUUCUGGAGCGAACAGACAGGACCUGGGAAACAAAUACUUCCCAGUUCUGACCUUUGGACUGCCUGUUUUUUUUGUUGUGCAUGGAAGUAAAGUUCUUUUGGGAUGUGUGUGAGAUAUAUAAGCCAAAUGUCAAUGACUUCAAACACAAACUGUGUCACAGUCAUGAGCCAUUUCUUUCCCAUGCGCAUAUAUGUGUUAUGUUUCAAUCCAUUUCUUUCUGUUCCUGGAUCCUUUGCACACUGAUGUGGCAUCGAUUCCGUGGCCUUGUACAGUCAGCUUGCGUGCUGCUCACUUAUUCCGCCGUGUCCCUGCUGGAGGGGCCGUUAAUUACCUGUCUCUGCGCGUGAACCGGCUCAUGAGCAGCAGGUUACUGAGGAACGUAAACAAAGUCAUAGAGAACUCAAGGAAGUGAGAGCUUUGGUUUAAUCAUCUGCUUCUACGGUGCCAAUUUUUAUAUACUGCUAUAGGUAACGAUUUAUUCUAAAUUGCUUGGUCCUUUUGGGGAAAAAAAGGGAUGUUUUAUGAAAAUGACCGUGGAAAUUUCCUGACUAACCAACAUACCUUAUGUUUAUAGUUAGAAAGGCCCUCCUUAAUGGAUUUGAAUGAGGAACUGGAAGGCUUGGGGAUAACUGUCAUGGCUUGUUUGUGUAUUUCUCCGAGCCAGACGGUGUAUCAGCGGUCAGAAUGCAGCACUUUAUAGAACUGGAUAUUUUUUAAGUCUAGGCUUCUAGGUCUAACAUACUAUUUAGCACUUUGAAAGUUCCCCCUUGAAUAAAUAUAUAUAUAUAUAUAUAUAUAUAUAUAUAUAUAUAUAUAUAUAUAUUUGAUUAUAUAAUCAAAUGGAAAGAAAUGUACUUGUAAAAAACACAAAAUGUGUUUCUUCUGAAUGUUUCCAGUGUAUUCUAAAAGAUGGUUUCUGUAGAUAAGGUUCUGGUGGAUCACUGGAUAGUGCAUUUAUUCUACUUUCUGAGGCUGUGCAGUCUAAUCUUCCUCAAUGUUGGGCUGUUUAACUUCUCCAGUGAUAAUAGAUAUUAUCCAGUCAUCCAUCAUGCUAUAUCGAGAGGCUGUACCAUUCAACGUGUUGGGCAAUGCUGUACUAUAAAAUACAUGUUAACAUGUAUGUAUCCCAUGUUUAACCCAGCAUAGUUGUAGCAUGUGGUUGUGUUAAUGAACAUUACAGGACAGCCUCAUAAUCAUUUACAAAUCUGUAACAUUCAAUAAAGAAGCACAUGUUGUAAGGAUUAAUCAUGUCCCCAAUCCCAUGCGACUUAGCAUCCUCAUGAAAUGGGCACUUUUGUUCCUGAUCUGCUUUAUGUUUUUGACUUUCCUGUAGACCACUAUACAGUACUUGUAUAAGCCGAUGUACAGCCUCUAUCCAGCCCUGCGAGUUGUGGUAGGCACGUUGUGAUUUUGUGAAAGACGAACUGGCAUGUUAUGCAAAAGACUAUCUGACAAAUGAACUUAAACUAACAUUUUAAACUCCAGUUUAAUUAGCUGUUUGUUUACAUCUGCUGACCGGUGCGGAAGCAGUGUACAGUAUUUUAUAAAUAUGCUCAUUUAGUAGCACUACUAUGUUUGUUUCUAGAUAAAGUGAUGCUAAUGUGUAGAUGGUAAUAUACUUGUUUUAGAUAUUGCAUUAUAACUCACUCUUCUUUAACAAUAGCAAUGUGACUUAAAUGAAGUAAUCCCGCUCAAACCCAGUCUUAAUUUUGUGGCAACAGAAUGCAUGCACGGCUUUAUGUGUUUCUUUUGACUUUUUAAAGGCACCUAGCCUUUGACUCCUGCCUGCUGCGACACUGAAACCAGUUAGGAACCCACUCAGAAUGUUGGGCUUCUUAAUUUGGAGAUUAUGUUCAAGUUUUAGAAAUUAAAAACAAAAAAGUUACCAAGGGGUUUUUUUUUCAAUCUUUUUUUUUAAGCUCUGAACAAAUAAUAUGAAAUAAUAGUAAAUUAUUAACCACAGGGUGUAUAGCUAUGAGGCCUGGAGGUGGCUAGCCAACACCUCUUGGGUUUACUGCGGUCUAGGUGUUGGAGCAUCUGUGAUACAGGAAAGACACAUUUCUGAUUCUUCAGGGCCACUGGGUACAAAUUGCUAAGCCAGAGAUGAGAGUGAGAAGCACAUUGAUGACAGUGCAGAGAUGCGCAGACCAGUAUGAAUGAGUGGUCCAGUGAUAUAUGACUUCCCUCUUACCUGGUGGCUUUUCUCUGGUAGCUGAGCCUGCCUGGGGGCCAGAGAGAUGGGUGACUGGGCCCUGGGUGACGCUGAAGAGUUUGCCCUUUUAAAAAAAAAUUACCUUUUCAUUAUUAGAAGCCAUCCCACGUCAGGGAAAGAGAGGAGCCAACCUGCCCAGUCUUAUAGGUGACUGCUCCUCAAGCAAGUGGAAAACACUGUUCUCUCAGCCUGCAACGGCCUGAGCUUUCUCUUCCUUUGACAUCUGUCUCUCUCGCUCUCUCAGAUUAGAGUCAACCGAAGGAGGAGUUGGUUGUGAUGUAAGGAAAACAAGAUUUCCCCCCUUUCUUGUUUCUUUGUAAUGCACUUGAGAAUGUAGCUGUGUGACUUUUAUCUGAUGCAUCUUUUGCACUGAUGGCGGCGAAUGAAAUCAAGACAAUUUCUAUAUGUGGCCUAAGGAUUUCAGGGACCGAGGAGUCUCCAUGGCAAUAAGAGUGAGGUGAACUCCCCCUCCCCACCUUACCUUCAGGCCACUGCCUGUUUGCACAGUGUUUGGAGAGGGACGCAUCCUUAGGCUUUCUGAGGAGUGUCCAAUCCAACUUGACCCAGACCUUGCUCUGGUGGGGGCAGGCUGCCGAGAGCUGGGGGACACAGUGGGGGUUCAGCAAUCUUCUCCACCCCCUGGAGAGCAAUCUUCUCCACCCCCUACUCUCGUCCUUUCUCUUAACCCAGUACAAGAUGCUUUUUGGCCAGACCAACAGACCCUGGCUCCCGUGACCUCAGGACCCCAUGGACUCGGGCACAGUAAGCUGAAACAGUGGCCACUUAACAAAAGCCAAACAUUCAGACUUUGUCCCAGCCCUGAUCUUCCCACUAACAUAGCCUCCUCCCCCAAUUCUACCCCCACACAACCAACUUGGCUGGUGUUUGUAUCAGCUGCAACCAAUUCUUUGCCUGUCUGAAUCCCAAAAGGGUCCUUCACAUCUCUACCCCAGCUUCCCACAUGUCAUCAGAGCCAGCCAUCUGCACUUAGAUGGUGGGCUUGCAAACUCAGAGAGGUGGGGGGGUGGGGGGGAGGGGAGCCGGAUGCAGAACACAGUGUGUGGAUGGGACUGGUGAGAGACAACAGGAAGAAACAGGGUCUGUAGGGCACGAGAGAGCACACGUCCCACUACAGAGACGCUCACAUUCAGAUGUGUAAACACCGCGCUAGCCAAACAAAUGUACCUGCCAGCAGCAUUCAGUCCCAAAGGCAAUAGCUCGGGGCCUGUGAUUUGGAGCCAACAGGGAUCAGAUUCUUGAUUCCAACUCAGUGAGUGUAUACAUGAAACACACUGAGGACCGGGGCGGGAGAAAGGAGCUCACCCUUUUCGGGGCAUCCCAUUCUCCUGAAUGAUAUGUGCCCCAUCAUUCUGGACCGGAACGCAGGAGAUCUUGGUGAGGGAGAGUCAGGAGAAGAGGGCCGUGGCCUGGUGUCAGGCUCGCCUGCUUCCUGUCCCCACAGCAUCUGGCCUGAGUGUCUGCUGCUGCUCCUGCUGUGCACAGCAAUACUUGCCGUCACUGUCCUCAUCGCCGUUUCAUAACAUAGCGCUUAGACUCCCGUUUGUAAUGUGCUAACCAUAGUUUGUAAUGGGGGAUACUGUUGAAAUAUCAUUUUUAAAGGAAUUCCUAUAAUAAGAACAAUUUUGGAAUUGGGUUUGUUAAAUAUGUAUAAUCUUUUCCUUCUUUAUGUAUGGACAAGCAGCGGUUUGCAUAUCUAUGGACGUAAAAUAUCUAUAAAUUCUUAGAGGAAUUGUUCUUUUUUAAAGGUCUAUUAUUGGAUUCACAAUGCACUUUGAGCUUGUUUGUUUAGAUAUGUAAUUCGAAGCAGAAGUUGGCAGAUACCACAGGAAAAACUUUCUGAAAUUUCUGUAACACAUGUUUUGCAAUAAAAAAAAGAGAAACCUCAGUAGUUCAAAAUAUGA